AUGGCGACCAUGAAAAAAUCCAAGCCCGCUUCCAAGAAGCUCACCGUCCACCAGCUCGCCUCACUCAAGACGGGCCGCAAGGCAAACAUCAUGAUCGGUCCUGAGGGAAAUCGGUACAUCGCCGUUGAGCGUGUGUCCGUCGACCUGCUGGCACACUUCUCCCGGACCGCGCACAAGAAGUUGAUCGAAGAGAACGAAACCAUUCUAACCAUUCCCAACGGCUCCAAGAAGGCUAUCUUUUGGAUUUACAAGUACAUGCAGGCCGACCAGCGCAAUCCUCAAGAUCUGGAGACAUUUGAGUCGCUCAACUCCCACAAUCGGAUUUACCAGCGCCUAAAGGGUUCGCUCAUCGAGUCCCUUCCGACCAUCCAGGAGAUUGAACUAUAUCAGACUGCAAUUCCACCGCUUUAUCAAUAUGUGGUCCAGAUCAUCGCUGGAGAGAUGAUCAAACCUUGGACCUGCAACUAUACCGCUUAUCAGGAUCUUACUGAGACCAACAAGGCGUAUGGCAAGGGCCUUGAUGAAGCAAUCCAGAAACUUCUCACUGCUGGCAUCAAGCGUGGUAAGGAGUACUACGCGCGCACGAAGAACCCCGAGGUGAUCUGGUCAAAGGAUUACAAGAACGCGAACCCCGUGCCUAGCCAGGCGUCUGGUCUUUCCAACACCAAAGCAAAGCAUCACGAUGCGGCCAAGAACGCUUCCAGUGUCCAGGGUACCACGUCACAGGUGCCCUUUAUGUGUUACAAGUGUCACGGUGAGGGUCAUCUCGCUCGCAACUGCACCGUCAAGCUUGAGCCCAAGCCUGCCAACUGCUAUAAAUGCAACGAGCCGGGCCACAUCGCUCGCAACUGCACCAAGGUGCCUUCUGCCCGGGUCAACAAGCCCAUCACCUGCUACAACUGCGGUGAGUGCACCCUUCCGAACCGUCGUCGUGUAGUUCCGGUCAUCCAAGUGAGCGAUUUUGGCGGAGGUCUUCAGACUUGUGAUCGUGUGGUGCGAAAGGGCGAGUUGAGCCGUACUGGCAUGCGCAUCUAA